UCCAGACUGACAGACACAAGUUCUGGGGGAGGGGAUCGAGCGAAGAAAAGAAAAUAGCGCAAGGAAGAAGUUAAAGACAAAGAGGAAGGAGUCAAAGGAGAAGUUCGGCGAGCGCGUGAAACACGUGGAGCGUUAAAGCGUUCAUUUACUUUAAAUCCAGUUCCUGCGUCUGGAACUGACAGUCGGACCAACAGACCCAUCAUCGGUUCGCUCACAGUGAGAUUUCAGACAUUAACUAUCUAACAUGUGAAAGUUGGUUAGACGCGUUUGUUUUCCAUGAAUCUUCGGGAACAUAAUGGAAAAUCCGAGUUCACAGAAGAGCUGGAAGUUCGUGCGGGACUCGCUGCUGCUGUGCUUCUUCACCGGCCGUGGAGACGCUCAGUGUGACAGCUGUAUUGAGUAUUGCUGCGACGGUGUUCCUCCUUUCUGCUGCUCUUACUAUGCGUACGUGGGAGACGUGCUUUCGGGAACGGCGAUCUCCGGGAUCGUGUUCGGCGUGGUGUUCCUGAUGGGUGCCGUGGCCGCCGUCGUUCUCUGCAUCUGUGUGUGUGUGAAGAACGGGCGCGGGGCGAGAGUGGGCGUCUUCAGCUCCACACACAUCAACACCGUGACUCAGGGUUACCCAGGUCCUCCUCCUCCAUACAGUUAUGAUUAUGAGCUGUAUCCUCCUGACCUGCGGCCGCCUCCAUACACACCGACUCCACCCCGAGCAAACACACACUCUCCACCUCCACCGUAUCCAGGAGACAGCCGGAAAUGAGCCUGUGUUCUGAUGAUGAUGAUGAUGAUGAUGAUGAUUGCACAACACAAGACCAGCGCUCUGGGAAUAAAGCAGAGGAUUUGAAUAUUUUUGUAUUAAUGCCAUGACAUUUAUGGUCUCACAAAUCUAAUGAACACUAAUAAAGGUUAUUUCCAGCAGCGUGAGACCAGGACAGGCCUAUAAACUCAUAUGAUAUCAAAAAUUUGAUUUGUUCAAAAUCAGUGUUAUUAUUAUUUUUUUUUUCAUGACAAAUCAAAAUGCUGUUAAUAUGGGAAUAAACUUUAUGUGUUUUACAGAGUAACAAUAUUCUCAUACCAACACAAAGUGUCUUGAUAAAUCCUCUGAGGAAAACAUUGUUUAUAUCCAAAGAAAUUUGAAAGGACUUAUUUCCGUAAUUACGAGAUAUCAACUCGUAUCUAACUUGUAAACUGGGAAUGUUCUGAGAGUUCCGACUUGUAUCACGUGAUCGCA